ACUACCAGUGACUACUUCUUAGCCUUCUGGGCACAGCGUACUGUGCGAGUUAGCAUGUCAUCUUCAAGGUCGAGCGUAUUGCAAAAGCGAAAUCCCAGUUGGGCAUCUUCUAUAAUCUGUUCGUGAGCUCAGAGGACUAUUUGAAAGUGUAUACCUUACUCCGCCCAGCUUGUUACUAGUUAUCUAGAUCCAUGCUACAAAAGCUCUCUCCGAAAAUAGUACUACGGCAAUCCCCAGCGAUAUGUCAAUGUAUAGAACUUCAUCGGAGAUUGAUCCCAAUCAGCCAUGGGUACGAACUUUGUUGACGUUGGUUCUGUUGAUAUCGGAUAAUAUUGUCAUCCUGCGAACAUUUGGCGAACAUGCUUCCGACGGUGUCUCUGAAGGUCAAGCGCACUGUCUGCUCUUACAUUCACACAUCGACUCUGCUGUAUCUUUCUUCUUUCUACUGGCUCCUCGCAUCUCCAUAUACUCAACGAUUUCUGUGGGCAUAAUGCACAUCUUAGAACGCUCAGCCAAUGAUUUCGAUGCAAGAUUGGUCAUUGGGCCGAUCCAAGUCGGUGGGCUUUUGAGUGCUGCAUUAUUUGGUUGUCUUUCCUGUCAGUCCUACGUGUAUCUCGCAAAGUUCACAAAUGAUCGCCUCGUCUUGAAAGCCGUUGUAUCUACAGUCUUCUUCAUUCAACUGGGUCACUUUGUCUGCAUGAUAUCAACAUUAUGGACAAUGACUGUUAGCACCUAUGGUGACCCAUCACAACUCGAUGUGCUCCCUCUGGCGGCAGACUUGGCCAUUCCAUUAAGCGCCUUCACAGCGUUCAUUGUUCAGUCAUUUUACGCAUUUCGACUUUGGAAGUUGUCUGAAAAAAUUUUCUUACCUAUUCUCUGCGAAACGAUCUCCGUUGUUGCACAAAUUUCCACGCUCAUUCUCUCACCGAGAGCGUUUGGUAUGACAAACCUCACGGAUUUUGAAAACAGUCAAAUUUCGCUGAUUACGCUCUCUUUCGUCGCACGCGCGGUUUGUGACUUAAUCACCACCGCUGCCAUUACUUGGACUUUAUACCACAAACGAGGCUCUAAACUUGAAAGCACGACGACGACGACGACGAUCGACCGGUUGAUCUAUUGGACUAUUGAAACUGGUCUGGCCACCAGUUUGAUGGCCGUUAUAGUGGCAGUGUUGUUUCUAGUCCUGAAGCAGAACUUCGUGUGGUUUGGAGCAUGGUUAAUGUUGCCUAAUGUUAUAGGGAACUCCUUGUUAGCCUCGCUCAAUCGGCGGUUACUCCUUCGGGAGACUCGGAGCACCUCGAGACGUGAUCUCCAGAGUCAUAGUGAUAUAAAUACCCUUGUAUUCAGGGCUGAAGCUCCUCACACUUUGUAGGUUGGCGUUAGGCAUGGAUGUCGUAUUAAGGUCUAUUGAUAAUGAUAUCGGUUCCCGUAUGCAAGACGUCCUGA